UUAAAACCCAUCGCAAAAGUUUUCGCAGGAAAAAAGAACUCCGUGGCAUUGUCACUUACCUGAAUCACAUGACGGUGCCUCUUCUCAGUUAAGUUUAAGUUCAAAAUGUUGUUAAAAUGCCACAAAUUUAAUUGGAAAGAAGCUGCUGGUAACUAAUAAAAUAAAUGUCUUUGAAAAAAUUGAAAUUGGCUUGUCUGUCCUUCACUGUGUCGCAGUUGGUAGUUUUUGGCUGUCACAGGCGAGCCUCUCUGUGUUGCAGCUGUUUUUGACCAUGCUAUCUGUGUCCAGUGAUGCACUUGUCGUCCAAUCGCCUCGAUAGGAGUUAUGCCACCCUAGCCAAUAGCACCCCUCACUCUAGACUGACGGCAACAAGAGCAUGCACAGCCCUCCCUCUCUUCUGCUUCAGUAUAAAAUCUCAGGACUGAUCACAUUCUGUCCUUUUUUCCUCCGCUCUAAGUCAGGGGACGUCUUGAUACUUGCUGGGCACAGUACAUCGAAAUGGGAAAGGAAAAGAUCCACAUCAACAUCGUGGUCAUUGGCCAUGUCGACUCCGGCAAGUCUACCACCACCGGCCACCUGAUCUACAAGUGCGGAGGAAUCGACAAGAGAACCAUCGAGAAGUUCGAGAAGGAAGCCGCUGAGAUGGGCAAAGGCUCCUUCAAGUAUGCCUGGGUGCUGGACAAACUGAAGGCCGAGCGUGAGCGUGGUAUCACUAUUGACAUCGCUCUGUGGAAGUUUGAGACCAGCAAGUACUACGUGACCAUCAUUGAUGCCCCUGGACACAGGGACUUCAUCAAGAACAUGAUCACUGGUACCUCUCAGGCUGACUGCGCCGUGCUGAUCGUGGCUGCUGGUGUCGGUGAGUUCGAGGCUGGUAUCUCCAAGAACGGACAGACCCGUGAGCACGCUCUGCUGGCCUACACUCUGGGUGUGAAGCAGCUCAUUGUUGGAGUCAACAAGAUGGACUCCACUGAGCCCCCUUACAGCCAGAAGCGUUUUGAGGAGAUCACCAAGGAAGUUAGCGCCUACAUCAAGAAGAUCGGCUACAACCCCGCCACUGUUGCCUUUGUGCCCAUCUCUGGAUGGCAUGGAGACAACAUGCUGGAGGCCAGUGACAAGAUGAGCUGGUUCAAGGGUUGGAAGAUUGAGCGUAAGGAGGGUGGUGCUAGUGGCACUACUCUGCUUGAGGCUCUGGACUCCAUCUUGCCCCCCUCCCGCCCCACUGACAAGCCCUUGCGCCUGCCCUUGCAGGAUGUCUACAAAAUUGGCGGUAUUGGAACCGUCCCCGUCGGCCGUGUUGAGACCGGUAUCCUGAAGCCCGGUAUGGUCGUCACCUUUGCUCCCCCCAACCUGACCACUGAGGUGAAGUCUGUGGAGAUGCACCAUGAAUCUCUGACUGAAGCUCUCCCCGGUGACAACGUCGGCUUCAACAUCAAGAACGUGUCGGUCAAGGAGAUCCGCCGUGGAAAUGUGGCCGGCGACAGCAAGAACGACCCACCCAUGGCAGCUGACAACUUCACCGCCCAGGUAAUCAUCCUGAACCACCCUGGUCAGAUCGCCCAGGGUUAUGCCCCCGUGCUGGACUGCCACACCGCUCACAUUGCUUGCAAGUUCAGCGAGCUCAAGGAGAAGAUCGACCGUCGUUCCGGCAAGAAGCUUGAGGACAACCCCAAGGCUCUCAAAUCUGGAGACGCCGCCAUCAUCACCAUGGUGCCUGGAAAACCCAUGUGUGUUGAGAGCUUCUCCCAGUAUCCUCCACUGGGUCGCUUCGCUGUGCGUGACAUGAGGCAGACUGUGGCCGUCGGUGUCAUCAAGUCCGUCGAUAAGAAGGCAGCCUCUGGUGGAAAGGUCACCAAGUCUGCACAGAAGGCCGAGAAGAAGAAAUGAAUUCUCAUGCAGGACGUCCAACAAAGAGUCAUGUCUCAGCAGCAGUGGUCCGCCCCAUCCCUCUUUCUUCCCUGCCACCCAGCGCCGUCUUCUCUGAGGCAGAGCUCUCUACUCAAGGACUGGCUUAUGCUGAUUAAAACCCAUCGCAAAAGUUUCCGCAGGAAAGGAAGGCUUGUGCCUUUUAGGGGAAACAAUGAUCAUAACUAAGUUGAAACCAAAACAAUAAAAAUCUUAAACAUU